AUGAAACCAAGCCUCCGGUUCCUUCAGAACGCUGCGAAAUCGAUCCAGCCUGUUCCAAUCUUGAAGCCCCCAUCACUCUCAGAGUUUCAAAAAUCCUAUUUUCAACCUGAACUUCCAUGUGUAUUUCCACCAUCCCAUUUCUGCGAUAUCCCCGCCAUCUCAGCCUGGUUCAAACCCCACAAAUUAUUUCCAAAGACCGAAAAAUCGAUUAACAUAGAGUUCUUCCGUGAUAUUCUCGCCGAAAAAGGCCGUUGGGAUGUAUUGGUACCUCUAGAGUUCACUGAAAUAUUGGAUGACGGGAGGCAAACGUUCGAUCGGAGAUACCUGCCAUUUCACAUAUUCCUACAAUACCUCGCCGGUGACAGCUGCUCGGAAAAGUCAGUGAUAUAUCUUGCGCAAGAGCAGCUUCUACUAAGUUUUCCGGCUCUUGGAGACUAUGUGCCACCACCGGAGUAUGUAAAAAAGGCUGGCAAGGGCGAUAUCUAUGAUGUAAACAUAUGGAUGGGCUUUAGUGGAAGAACCCAUACACCACUUCACAAAGACCCAAACCCUAAUCUUUUCGUCCAAUUAGCGGGAAGGAAGAAGGUUCGUCUAUUCCCGCCAGAAGUGGGACGGGAAAUGAUGGACGUGUAUCACCGGGGAGGAGAUAUCUCAUUUCGAACGGGAGCCGAAAUGAUGGUGGGCGAACAUAAGGAUAGGAUCAAUCAAGUCGUAUGGGGGGAUGGAUUAACCGAUUUUGAGGGUCGGGGUUUCGAGGCCGAGGUAGGGAGCGGCGAUGGGAUAUUUAUACCAAAGGGAUGGUGGCAUGCCGUCAAUGGAAUCGGCAGUGGAGUUGGCAACAGUGUUUCCAUAAAUUGGUGGUUUCGGUGA